AUGCCACACCAAGCCAAGGGGACUUUCUUUGCGGCUUCUUUGAUGAACGAGACGCAAGUCAAGGAUCCGAAGAGAGGGCAGUUAGAAGUGGCCGGCAAGGGUCGCAGGUUCGAUGGCCGUUCAGUCGUAAAAUUAGGACAAGGAGAGAAAAAAGGGAGUUCAAUCGACUCAUUUCAACCAAAGUUGCGUUCCAGUACUUGUCAGAACAAAGAAGGUGCCAGAGGUCGAUCUGAUAAGUCGAGCAAAAUAGUUCUAAAGCUCCAGGAAAUGGAGGAGAAUCGGAUACGCCACCUACAGGAGAGUAAUGCACGUCGAGAACAAAUUCGUUUAGCAAAGUUGGCUCGACUGAGAGAAGUGACUGAUAGAGCACAGAAAGAGAUUGAGGAAGAAAAUCGAAAGAGGGCGCAAGAGGCCAAAGAACGUAGACUUCGCAAGGCAGAGCACCAGAAGCGUACAGAAGCCCUGAUGGCCAAGGAGAAAGCCGACGCAGCGAAAUCUGACAAUUUUCGGCGUUACCUUCGUCUCAAAUAUCACGGAUUUUUCCCAUGGAUGAGAUAUAUGCAACAGUUCCGCGAUAAUGUAGUCCGGGCCUGUCAGAGCAAUCUUUUGCGACUACAGAGAGCGCCAUUUCAAGCGUGGCUGAAAGUGACUCGGUGGAAUUCCACCCGAAAGCAUGCGAUUGCGAGCGCCAGCUACUUCAGAAUGCUUAGCAGAAAGGUGCUUUCAAACUUCAUGCAGGCUGUAAAACUGCGUCAACUCGCUAUGCUGAAUGCCUCAAAUUUCUACGACCAAAGUCUGCUCAAGAAGUACAUGCAAAAUUGGAUCGUCCAUUACAAGCAGGUGGAGGAGGAAAAUUCGGUGAAAAGUAAAAUGGCUGUCAAUCACUUUUCAAGAACCAUCCAACAUAGAUGCUUCUUGCAAAUGCUUCAAUAUGUGUCAAUUUCGAAGGCCGAUAGAGAACGUGAGAGACGCCUGGCCAAUCUUCGUCUCAAAGUUCUCCAGAUCGUCCCCGACUUUCAGCCAUGCGUACCUGUGGAAUAA